AAAAUCCUAUAAAGGUUAGCGGCCAUUUCAUUAAAUUUCUUUAAAUAAGAAAAAAAAAAAGAAAGACGCACGCACACACUCUCAUGCGAAUGCAAAAUGUUUUUCGUUUUUGUAUUUUUAAUCAUACAUUGCAAAAAGUGUUUUGUUUUUUAAAGGCUUAAUAAUAGACGAUUAUUCAUCGUAUGCUUGAUUUUCGAAUUCUUUUUUUACAUUAAAAGUGUAUGUUGUGCGAAUUAAAAAUUGAAUAAUGUAUUUUUGCCUGCAUUUGCACUCAUAUGCAUACAUGUGUGCUUUGGGUAAAAUUUGUUUGCGAUUGUAACUGUAAAACGCAACGCACACAACGCACACAACGCACAAUAACACAAUUAAAAGUAUCUUAAAUGAAGUGAAGUCAUAAUAAAUACAAAGUGUGUACUCAAUUAAUAAUAAUUAUUAGAUUGGAAGCGGAAAGUCCAUAUAAAGCUGACAUUUACGUACCUUUACAUACGCUUACAUCCGCUAUUCACUUGAAACUAUUAAGAAUUAUGAAAAAAUUUACAUUUCAAUUCGUGUUUAGUAAAGUGGAGUGUAAAGUAUAUGUAUAUGCGGAAAUUAUACGUCAAGAAAUAAAUUUCUUGUUAUAAGAUGUCGUUAAAAAAGGAUCCUUCCCUGCGAGUCGCUGCCAAUGAUCCGCACUUAGUUAGUUUGGGCGGGGGACGACUAAGCACAGCAGUCACAAUACAUUAUAUACCAAUUGGCGAAACGACAGUUGGCUCGUCCACUGGUUGCUGCAUAUCGCUCAAUGGUCCCGGUGUGCGAUCGCUUCAUUGUACAAUCAGUCGUAGCCGAGAUAAUCGGGUUACUAUGCAGCCGGAACAAAAUGCUCGUGUCCUCAUCGAUGGACAGAAAAUUGUCCAAAAUACCAAUUUAACCCAAGGCGCGAUGAUAACCAUUGGUAAUUCAUACUAUUUACGAUUUAACAAUCCUGCCGAGGCUCAAUUAAUGCGCUCCGUAAUAGAAUCACAAGAAGACAUAUCCGUCAUACCGCAAAUUAUUGCUAAUAAGGAAUCGAAAGAUGAUUUUUCACAUAAAUUAAACAGUAUUAUUCGUAAUGAUGAUACUUCGAGUGAAAUGGAGGGAUUUCAGAGAGAUCAGUGUACACAUGGCAUCGUUACCGGCGGUACAAAUGAUAGAAAAGAAGAACCAAAGUUUAAAGCGAAUGCUUAUAAUCAUAAAGUUUAUAAUAACUUGGCUCCCGCCGAGAUUAAUGAGCUUCACUGCCCGAAGGUGUUUACCUCUGAUCUUGUUACUGUAAAUAUGCCGGCCAAAGAUGUUUUGGGCAAAAAAUACAAAAGUUUUGCAAAAAACUUGAUCGAAAAUCAUCGCAAUGAAAAGAACAUCUGCAACACUUUACUUAAUAAUCAAGUCCAGAAUUGUAAAUUAAACACAACUGUUCAGCUUAGUGAGAACAAGCUUGUUAACAUUCCCACCAACAAUGUCGCAAUGUCUCAACCAACGGGUACAGAGUUUUUAACUAAAGUAAACAAUAUAUCUUCCGCAUCGCCAUCACAUCGUAACGCUGUCAACGCUUAUGAACGAUAUCCCAAACCGGGCGCAUACGGCGGCUUUCAAAUUUUUCCCAUGAAUUGCAUUAACUCAGAAAUGAACAAUAGCUCGUCAAGUACGACAAAUGUUCAGGACACACAAUCAGGUUCGAACGAGCAAGAACGUUUAGAAGAUAUGCUUAAAAUAUGCACCGAAUAUGCUGAUCGUCAAAAUCAAAGCUGUAACAGCAGUCUGACUUCAUCGCCAAUUGUCCAGAAUCGCAUCAAAACGAACGGAUCAUUGCCAAGAGAUAAAAAAUCGCCUUUUUAUUAUGAUUUUUCCGGCGGUCAAUUGCAGCAGUCUCUAUCCGAAAGUAAUAGAAGUCUUUCCGAGGAUGGCAAUCUGGAACGGUCACAUUGUGUCACUAAUAUAAUGAACACAAACAAUGGCUACGAAAAUAUACGCAUUAUUGGACAAAAUCGUAUAGAGGCAAUAAAUCAAUCGAUUCUUUCCCCCAAGUCUGGCUAUGAAAAUGUGGUGGUCGCAAAAUCUUUGCCUCAAAGUCCGCGCACUAAAAUACGCACCACAUGCAUGUCUCCAAAAAAGGACAAUAUUUCAAAUAAUAUAAUUAAACAAGCCGAUAACACUGAAUACGAUCAGUUAAUCAAAAAUUUUGAAGAGAAAUUUAAUCUUGAAAUUCAAGCGAUUGAGGAGAGCAGUCGUUGUCAACCCCAAGCAAUUUCCUCAAAACCUUCAAUUAUUGGGAAAAGCAACAGAAACAUUAACAAUCUGACAUUAAAUUUAAAGAUUCAGGCUCCAAAUUCGCCAAAGCCAAACAAAAAGCCGGCACCAGCACCUCGAACCACUCUACGUAAAGGUCAGUUCAGCGUUGCCGACACUAACCACAUUUCCGAUGAAUUGAGAAACGAUUUACCUAAUAAUUCUGAUAUAAAUGAGAUGAAAUCUCUCCAGACCGAUUUAUUAAAUCGUAUGCAAAUUUUGAAAUCGCAAAUUUCUGAACUACAGAAACAGGAAAAGGAAACGCUACAAGAGAUAAGUAUAGAAUCGUCACUAGUGCCUGCUGUCAAACUUCAGUUGACCGAAAAAUUUAAAAAUAAAUUGCAAGAAGAAUUACAGACUUUGCAGAACAAGGUCCAUCGUUUAGAAGCUCAGCGGAAUGCUACACGAGUUAUGGAUGAAAACAAGCAAGCCAAGCUUAAACAAUCCAUUGAAAUGAAACAAGAUCAAAUGAAGAGGUUAAAGGAAAUGCUGCAGCAGAAGCCCAAGGAUGUUUGCCUUAAAGAAGAACUUAUCAAAUUAAGCGAUUCCUUGGAAAAUGAUCGCAAGACUUUUGAGGAUUUAGAGUUUCAGUAUUUAGAGGGCGAAUCGGAAUGGCACGCGUAUCGUGAAGAGUUGCAUGCGGAGGAAAAAGCUCUUAUUCUAAAGAUUGAAGAAAAACGCAUAGAAUUGCAACACAUAGAACGACAGCUCGUUAAUAAUUAUGAAAGCACAACAAAGGAAUCGUCUUUUCUAAAUAAUCAACUGUUAACGGUUUUGAAGCAACUUAAGAACGGCCAAGAUCAUUUAAAAACUUUGGAAAAUAAUUUUAAUAAUGCAUCUGUACGACCGGAAAAGAACUCGCCAUCGCCCUCUUCUUAUUCCGUAUCGUCGGAAGUGGAGAAUGCUGAAACUAUAAAUAAGGAAGAAAAUAAUGGAAUUGAAACGACCUCGGUUAUGUCGCAAUCCUUAUUUGAUUCUACAGAACUGCUAUGCACCAAGCAUAACAAUACCGAUGUCAUGUCCAAAAGUAUUAAUGAAAAUAUAUUUUUUAACGAUAACAUUGAAUCACCAUACGUCACAACCUCUGUUGCCACAAAUUUUGAUGCGGAUAUUAUUAAAGUGAGCUCGAUUGAAGGCUCGGAUAAGGCCAAAUGUGGAAAUGUUGAAGUAGCCUGUAACCUUACCCUUGACUGUGAAAUCUUUGAAGUGAAUCCGCUAAACAAGAAAGUACCUUCCCAAGAUGAUAUUGAUCGCAUAUCUAAACUAACUUCAGACACUUCCAUUUCCGCAACAGGUGCCAAUACAAAAAUAUUCGAUUCAAUUAAAGAAAUCGAACGCAACCGUCAAUUGCUUUUGACCCAACAAGGUCACUAUGUUAUUGAACACGAAAGACAAAAAAUGAAUGACUUAAAGCAAAAGAUUCAUGAUGAAGCUUGCGCUCAGUAUAUAGCAAACCUCUCGUAUUCCGAUGACGCCAAUAAUUCAAACGAAUUUUCAAACGCUACGGAACAUUCAGCGAUGUGUGGACUCGACAGCCAAAAUAAGGAGAAUAUCAUAGAGGCUGAGAAAUAUGUUGUCACAAUAAAUAAAAGUGAAAGCUGUUCUCUCUCUCAACAGCAACGGCAUUCGCAUCCAGAGUACGAAGGCAAUAAUCGUGAGAAGUCCAAUCAAAAUAAAUCACGUCCACUUUCAGAAGCUAAUUCGGAAUUAAGCUAUGAAAUGUUAUCCGAGCAAGCCACCUGUAAAUCGAGCAAUGAACUUUCGCCGUUAGCUAAUUGCCGUGCUAUAGAUGGUGAUGAAAAGUGCUCGGUAAGUUUGAACUCCGAAGAAAGAAGCACAAGUAUGAAUAAUGAUAACAGCAGUGGACGUAAACGGAUUUUACCUAAACAUCAAAGACCUUUAACACGAUACCUGCCCAUUUUUUCGGCAGAAUUAAACUUAAGGCAGCAUAUAGAAUCAGCCGGUCAUCAGAUAUCCCUGUGUCCCCAUGUAUUUAUCGAUUCUUACAGUUGUCGCGGAUAUCUUCAUAAAUUGGGAGCCACUUUUCAUGGCUGGUCUAGGCGUUGGUUUGUAUUAGAUCGUCAGAGCAAUGCUUUCAUAUAUUACGCCGAUAAAUCUGAGCGUAAGCCGAGAGGAGGAGCAUAUUUUUCGACUAUCGAUGAAGUUUACUUAGAUCAUCUUAACGCGUCAAAGAGUGGUCGACCUCAUUGUACAUUUAUUGUUAAGACUAAAAAACGAAGUUACCACCUACAAGCAGCUUCCGGCGCUGCUGCCAGAAUAUGGAUCGAUGCUAUUAUAACAGGCGCUCAAGGCAAUUUAGAUUACUAAAUGGCAAAAGUUUUAC